UGACAAACCUGCACUCUUCCAGGCCCAGACAUUUUUGCAUUUGAUAGUAGGCGGGCGGGACAUGCACUCGCAGGUGGAAAAACUCUCCACGGCCGCGCCGCACAUCGUGGUCGCGACGCCGGGGCGUCUGGCGGACUUUUUCGAGGAACACAGCCUAGUCAAAAAUGCUUUCACUCGGCUGCAGGUGCUCAUCGUCGACGAGGCGGAUCGGAUUUUCCACCCGAAUUUCGACCAGGAAUUGGCAACCAUCAUGCAGAACAUUCCGGCGAAGUCGAAGCGCCAGACGAUGCUGUUUUCCGCAACAGUGACGGAAAAUCUGAAGCAGUUGUGGCACCAGUCGACGAGAGGACAGAACGUUCUUGGAGAAACGACGGAACAAGGUUCAUCUCUAAAAAUGCACAGUGAUCAUGCAGGACAAGCCUCAAGAAGUACAACAAGUUCUAUCGACCACCGGCGCUACUAUUUUCUGGACGCGAUUGCGCAGGAAACGCAGACGACGCCGAACUUGCUCGAGCAGGCGUACCUGUUCGUGCCGCCGCAGGCGAAGUUCUGCUACUUGUACUAUCUGUUGACGGUGGACCCGGAGGUCCGAAACGAGUCCGUGAUUAUCUUUUGCUCUUCCAUCGAAACCUGCCAACGGGUGCAGACCACCUUAGAGUACGGUUUGAAGCUCCAGAACACCCAGUGUCUCCAUUCCCUGCAGAGUCAGCGGCUCCGGCUGGUCAGCAUGCUUAAGUUCAAAUCCGCCUGCAGCGCGCGGGAAAUCACGCGGGCGAGGAGUUGUACUACAACGGGGGGGAAAAAUAGCCAGAGUAAAUUAUCGUUAAAGGAGGUCCGGAAGGAAGCGGAAAAGCGGGAUCGGAAAAUGGCGUCCGGGAAUAAUAAACAAGGAGGUUCUUCGUCGGCUUCCUCCAGCAAGGGAAAGAAGGGAUCAUCGGCCUCCAGUUCUAGCACAGCAGGAGACUCCGACGCCACCAGCUCGCGUGUCAUCCUCGUUGCAACAGACGUGGCGGCCCGCGGUCUGGACAUCCCCUCCGUGGGCGUGGUGAUCAACUACGACCUACCGUUAGAUCCCGCGGAGUACAUCCACCGCGUCGGGCGAACGGCCCGCGGCAGCAACAGCACCGGCCUGGCGAUUUCCUUUGUCACCAACGGAAACGACGUCGAAAAGCUGCACAGCAUCGAAACCCGUGUGGGCGCGAAACUGCCGGCGUACCGGGGAAGGGAGGAAGUAGAGAAGGGGAAGGAGAGUACAAAGGGAGACGAACAGCAAGACUUGCUUUCCGCACCCCUCGGAACAAAUACAAAUACGUCGUCGUCAAGAACAUCAACAUCAUCUGCAGGAAAUGCAAACAACAACAAAAAGACCACGCUGCGAGAUUCGGAAACCGGGGCUAGUCUAGCAUUGGUACACAAAGCCAACCGCGAGUCGCUGGACGACGAGGAGGUGUUAAGGUGUUUGAACAAAGCGACGAAGGGAUGGCAGAAAGCGAGUUUGCUGCUCGAGGAGGUGGGGUUUCAGGACAAACUGGACGAACACAAAAGCCGCAAACUCGCUGCAGCCGCGGAAAGGACGACGGCGGGCUAGAGAUUGAUGAUGGUAAAGACACUUGCGUUGUGAUCAAAAAUUUCGCACUCGCGACACGACCUUUUUCCGAAUUGCAACUUCCGUUCAUCCACCCACGUUAAAUGCAUUUAUUAAUCGCAUCUGCUUCUGCACCAUCAACAUCAUGGAUGUUUAUGUUGAUGUUAUCGUGAAUUUCCGAAAGCGAAACGACCGCAGCCUCGGUACAAAGAGUGAAUGCGAAGGUAAGUUGC